CAAGAAGAAUUACAAUCAGACGGCGUCUGUCCUCUCUACAUGUUCAGAACCACGUCAUGCACGGAUUCACCGAGAAUUUUAGAAAAAUUAAAGCAACGGGAGCAGCAAGUUUCAGAUAUGACUGACGGGAGAAACUGGGACCGAAUCGGAUUCAGAGAAAUGAAAUUUGACGCGUGAUCCAUCUUGUGCAUGUCCAUCGUCUAUAAAUACCAAAGUACAGAACACCUUCGCAUCCCACGACACCUUCCGAUCCAGCCGCCACCCUCUCCCAAAUCCCCAGUCGCCAGCCCUCGAUCCCAUCCCUAGCUAGAAGCAGCACGCCGGCCGGGAUGGAAGGGCUCGACGUCGACGACGUCUUCCAGCACUGCCGGCUGAACCCUACGGAAGUGGAUGCCGUCACCUACUACCUGCCACGCCUCCUCUCCGGCGAGACGCUGCACGGCGUCGAGAAGUUCAUCCACAGCGUCGAAAUCUCCGGCUGCGAGCCCAAGGAUCUCGCCGCCCGAUACGCGCCCGUGCCGCAGGCCGUGAGCAACGGCGACCGGUUCUUCUUCACCACGUGCAAGAGCAAGAACGGGAGCAAACUCCAGAGCGUGCGCAGCGCCGGCGGCGGCACCUGGACCAUCCAGAAGACCACGGAGAUCAGCCACGCGGGAGGCAAGGUCGGCGAGGUCAAGAACCUGUCGUUCAAAAAGAAGGGCAAGUCCACCGGCUGGGUCAUGGAGGAGUACCGGUGCCUGCUGCCUGAGGCCACCAUCGCCGACGGGGUGAAGGUGUUCUGCAGGAUGCACUUGGCUCAGCAUGCUCCUGCCGCCGCUCGCCAAGAAUCGGCCGCGUACAUGCUUCAAGAACCGCAGCCAGAGGCCGCGACUGCGAGCACGCACGCACAGAAGAGGCCAGCGCCCGCUGCCGCCGCCGAUCCUCAUCCCCCACGCCCCAACAAGAGGAUGCGCGUUGCCACACCAUCCUUCACCGCUGCUGCACCGGUUUUCUUGCCGGAUGAGUCAAUACCUGAAGCUGACGACGACGACAUGGGCGGGUUCUCUUGCUCAAUGGAAGAUCUUUUCGGGCUGCAAGUUGACGAAACUCUCAGGGUGGGAGCUACAGAGAACAUCUCUCCGCUCGAAGCUGAAGAGAACAUCGAACAGUCUCACCACUCUGAACCAGACGAGGAGCUGCAGUUCCUACUCGAUGAAGUAGCAGCAGAGCAUGAGCCAGAGGCCGUCCCUGAAACUGAAGCAGAGUGGCAGGCCGACGAGGCGCUCGGGAAGGAUGGGGAGGCAUAUGGCUUUGAUAUCGAAGAACUAAAGAGAAUGAUGGAAGCCGACGAUGCGCUCGGGGAGGAUGGGGAAGCAGAUGGUUUUUAUAUUGACGAACUAACGAGAAUGAUGGAAGCCGACCCAAUUGAAGUCACUGGAGCCAAAAUUGGCGUGGAGAUGGACCAACAGGAACCUCUGUACCUGGAUUGCUUGGACCAAGUCAUGCUGGAGGACAUGCUGGAGGAUCGGGCCAUGGACAACCCUGCCUUCCGUGAUGCUGAGAAGGAAGAGAGGCACAAUGACGCGCCGGAUCUUGACGCACCAUCACUUGAGGGACACGACCACUUGUUCAAAUUGCCGCCGAGCUUCUUCGAUCCAUUUGAAGCAGCGUGGAAGGCCGAAGAGGCGCUCGAGAACGAGAUGAGGAACAAUACCGCCGCCGAUCUGCUUGGAGGAUACGAAAACUUCUUCUCGUCUGCAAGUGUCCAUUAA